AACUGCGACCAGGGGAGUCAUCGGUGUUACGCAGGCGUAUUUCUGUCGUGCUGUUGACGCAUUUAAGUAGUGCUCUCGCUGUAUCUUUUUUGAUGUUUCCGCGAGCCGUACUUAUGUCACGCGGUGACACUGUUCCUGUACCUGUUGCUGUUGUUGAUAAAAGAUUUUAAUAUGAUUAUGUGCGAAGAACAUCAACAUUUAUUCGCACCCACAGGCAAGCAUCGGCAACGGGCAAGUUCUGGACCACGCAGUCCCGACGGGCUUCAAGUACAAAGUGUGGCUGCUCGCACUGGAUACCAUGGCGAAGGUUUGGGACGCUAGUACCGCGCCGCAGCCUUGUUUGGAGUAUGACUUGGACUACAAAGUCAGCUACGAAAAGAAGCUAACGCCCUUCGAACUCGGCCCCGCGUCGUGGCUGUGCAACGCGGCGACCCUGCCGGCUGCGAUCUUUCAGGACGCGAAGCCGCGGGACCUCGCCAACAGUGACAAGCCAGUGAAUUCGUUGCUAAAGAGAAAUAACGCGGAUGGGGCUGCUAGUGGUAAGAAGAACACCUCCUCCGCGAUUGACAUCUUAACAAAGAACGCUGUCACCGUGGAAGGCAGAUCAAUCCACUUGCGUGACCACUACUCCUUUCCUCUCGCCGAGGCCGAGCGCAUGGAACACAACAUGAUCCUUGUCAUCGGAGAGGAGUCUCUUUUUCGGGCGGCCAUUUACCAAACGACACCAGACAUAACGGUUAGGAUGAAGGUGCUCGCCGGCGAUCUGGCCGCGGAGGGGCAAAGGACAGCCGGGACUGCCUCGGAGUUGCAGGAAUAUUGCGCGCCACACAGAAACGAAGGACUUGCCGAAAGGCAGUCGGUUUUUUGCCGAUUAGAUCCCGGGAAGUACGUUUUACGGCUCACCUCGGAGUACACACUCGGCGGUGUCCACCCCUGCCAGUAUUUCCAGUUUCAGCUGGCUAUUCGCCCUUUGUCGCUGAUCCCAACUGCGAGAACGGCAAACGAAUGCAGCAGUGGCCUGCAGGCCCCGUUGCAGCCGCUAGAGCAGAUGGAAGUGCUGGAUUCGCCGUUGGUAAAGUGGCGCGCAACCCAGUUCCCGCUGGUUUUUCGAAACAGCGACGCGAAGUCGGAAAGGGAGAGCGCAAGGAAAGACAAAGCUGACGGGUUGCAGGUGAUUUGGGAGAGAACUCUGCAAGUUUCGGACGACGAGGUUCACCAAAAGGUGUUCCUGAAGCUGGGCGUCAACAGCGAUUUUUUGACCGCGGACGCCCGGUUUAGCUUAGCGAUAAACGACGAGGAGCUUGUGGAGCCGGUGCUCGUCUCCUCCGGAUACAGUAACUUGAUAGAGCUCGAAAGGACGGGAAAGUACCGGCUUCGACUCUAUUUUCUAACCGGGUCAACCUCGUCCGCCAACCGCGCCGGCUGGAUCUCGUCUGGCGCGCCUCCGCCGAUUUUGUGCCCCAAAUUCCAGGUGGACUUCCGGGUUUUACACCGAGACGCGCUGAAAGACUACAAAAACAAGAACGCCAUGGACGCCGUGGCCAACCCGUAUGGAUCGGGGAGCGAUGUGAACCACGAAUUUGAAAAUACCGCCAAAGACCCCAUGUCAAACACCUUUUCCAUGACGAAGGAAACGCUCAGCAGCCCGCACGCCCUUUGGCUGUGCAAGGUACAGUGACCACUUCUUGCGCCUAGCUUUUUUCUCUUGUCGAAUGUGUGUCUUUAUGUUUUCCCACGACCUCGGCGCGACGGAUUGUUUGUGGAAUUGCCUUGUGUAGUGUUCCUGGUCGUGUCUGUGUCACAAUCCAGAUCCACACUCAGCACAAAAAAUGCAUAAAAGGUUGGUCUCCCGUCUCUGCCCUCCAAGAUAACGGCUCACAUGGGAGAGCCCAUCGUUUUGGACAGCCUUUUCAUCCUGCCCUUCACUGGGCUGCUCUCGACCGUGAUCUAUGUUCCAGAAGAGUUCCUGCUCAAAGUGCAAGUACGGGACUACGACGCGGGCAUCGAAUUUUCCGUCAAGCCCUACAACCCAGUGAACAAUAACAAGGAGAAAGGGUGGAGCAGCAGCACUCCACAAACGGGCACGACUGCAAAGGACAGCAACGGCCCGGGGGUGUACCAAAUCAGCGAGCAAAGCGAAAACUGGUUUCUCGCGGUUUUGUCACCACAGAACCCGAACAACGCGAACCGUGAGGUGAGCGACGACAACAAGCCAAACGAGGUAAAGGUCCUCGGUUUUGAACUGACGCUGAAGGUGAAGAAGACCGGCGUCGGGAAGAAAAAGCACGAGAAGUGUCCGAAACUGCGGGUCAACCUCGUUCUGCAGCCGUUUUCCGCGACGCCCGAGUGCCCCCGAAACGGUGGGGCACGGGCGAAGGAUUUCCACGGUCUGGUUCCAGCGGAGCUGCAGAAGAUGGAUCACACCGGGCUCACGACGAUGAGCGACGUGGACGAGGACCUGGUGGAUAGUGAGGCAGCGCACGACGCGGUGAAUCUGUUGCAAAAAGCCGAGGGUCCGAUGGUGGAUCCCAACGCACUGACGGUUAGCAAGUCUUUCUGGAUGGACGCAGUGCACGACUUUGCGGAGCGGUUCCGCGCCGGGUCGGAGGCGAGUAUUCGAGUGGAAGCGGUCGUCACCCCCCCGUGGCUGCCGUUGAAGCUGAAUCUUUGGAGAAUACGCGGCAAUGGGGAGAGGGAGAAAGCGCCGCUGGGGAAGGGCGUUCUUCACGAACAGAGGCUGCUGCUGCUGAAGGACGGGCUCGAAAAAGGGGAGUACGAGCUGGAGAUUGCGACGAUGCAGAGUCGCAACAAGGAGAUGGCGACCAGCAUCUGUGCCCACGUCGCGUUCAACGUGCUCGCGGUUUUGAAAAACGACGAAGACCGGGAACAGUUGAGGACGGAGUUGGUCGAUGUGCCAGACUUAUUCGCAGUGGUCCCCUUCCCGCGGCACUUCAACCAAAUCGGGUUGUACGACAAGCGAAAACCGACGGUCACCGUCGGGAUUUACAGCUUCACCACGGACAACGACAUUGGUUCAACACUGAAGAUCGCCGGAACAACAACUACUGGGCCCGCACCAGCUCAGAAGGACGAGUACGGUUUUUUUUUCGUGACGGAACCAACCUACCUCCGCGUUGCGGGGGAGCCGGCGGACUUGGUGCAAACGAAAGCGACGCUGGCUGUGCUGGACGGGAAGAAAAACGUGGUUGCGGACGUUCAGGACAAUCUUUUUGACCAUUUGGUUUUACUGCCGAACGCGGGGAAUUAUCAAAUCAUGAUGACCGCCGCGGUCGCGUACCAGUUGACCUUUGCAUUCGCAGGGAAGAAGAUUGCGGACGAUAUGGCCGUGGGUCAGCAUUCAAGUGAGAGUUGCCCGGCGAUGGGCCCUGGAAGUAGCGGCAUCCUUCCGGUGGAUAAUCUCCAGGGCGGAGGCGGGAUGAGCACAGCUAGUACAAUGGCGAGCAAGGAUUCCUGGGCCUUGGUACUCCCGCGCCAGUACUUCAGGCAAACCUUCGCGAGCAAGGUGGUAGCGGACAUGAAACUGAAGAUCGGCGUUUCCAGCUUGCUGCACAUGGAGAUUGGCGGCAACUUUCUGAUCGACCACGCCGCCUUCGCCGUGGAAAUCCCGGAGGGCUCGAUGAUGAGCGAGCACCGGGGCUACAGCAGCCGCUUGGAGCUGGAGCUGGACCCGGGCGAGUACAAAGUGCAACUGCUGCAGAAGAUCCCGUCCGGAAGAGGCAACGCGGUGAGGCCGCCCGAGCACUGCGCCGAGUUCUCUGCCAACAUGUGGCUGGUGCCCUUGAAGGAGUACGACGGAGGCAGUCCCGCGGUUCUAACAAGUGCAUCUUCGUCUCGGACGAAAGGGGACUCGACCUCCGCGGAGCUGGAUAUCGCGGCCGUGGAGGACGACGACUGUGAGGAUCCGCAAGCGGUUCCGCUCCCGUUCGACCUUGGCCCGGGCGGCGGGUCGGAGAGCAUCGGGGGGCCGAUAAACACAAACACGGCCCAGUUGCUGAUCCGGUCCAGGGUGGUAGUGACCGACCUGCACGACGGCCGGAAAAAAGUCUUUCUGCCCGCCCCGACGGGGAAUGCCGAGAACCGGCGGAUUUUGAUCAAAAUCGAGGUGCAACACCUGAAGCGGGAAGAUCGAGACGCCAUCGAGUUUGCGGUGUCCGAGCCAAAACAGGGAAGUAGCGGCAAGGAGUACCGGCCGCAGAACCACGUCGAACCGUUGGAGCUUUUAACCACCACCGCAGGGUGGGCGGCGUACUACAGCAUGGACACGCAGCGCGUGACCGGGUAUUGGCUCACGUUUCACCACACAAAACAGUCCUCUGCCGGGACGAACGCAAAUCGCGGGUGCAUGCUGUUUGACUUUGCGCUGGAAACCAGGCCAGAGCAGGACCUUCCACUGCUGACGCAGUGCCAGUUUGACAGCGUCGGCGUGCGGGAUGUGUUCCCGCAAUUCCCACCCGCACUAAAUUUGCCGUUCAAACACGAGACAGGCUUCAAGUCUGUGCGCGAAGCCGCUGAAGACCGCGUUCUGGUGCAGGGCAGUUUCACUCUGAAGGAGCCGGCCUGGUUCAGCUACGAGGUUCGUUCCAGUUUCGUCAUCUCGCACAUGCAACUGCUGGUGCACGAUAAAAACGGGGAGGUAAAUACAGCUGACUCAAUGAUGUGAAAGAACAAUGAUAUGAACCUCGCAUGAUGGAAUAAAAGCGCGACUAUGAAUAUCGCUGGUAAGGUUUAGAAUGCGAUGACAAAGACAAACUUAUUUUCGUUUUCUUCCGCCCUCCUAGGAAUGUGGUCAGCGUCGAUCUCGAUGGGUGUAGGUUAGGGUCUAAGUCUAACGUCAGCAUUAGAUGGAUAUGCACGACAAUGCUCACAUCAGCUUGCUGACGGCGACUUGAUGUGGAGCGGGCAGCCCGGGGACGCGUUGACGGUGAAGAAGUGGCUGGGCAUCUUGCUUGACGCGGGCACUUACAUGAUGGAGUUUCGCGACGAGCUCUGGGAUCGGCUUUCGCCAGCCAAGCAGUGGAUCCGAACGAACGAAGUGUGCGUCCCGAUUAGCGUUAGCGUUUUCCUCGUUGGGCUGCAGAACCAACCGAGCAUCUUGUCCGUCCUGCCCAUGGCCGACUAUCCCCUUUGCGCGACGUGCAACGAGAUCCAAGUGCGGUUGCAGUUUUCCCAGCCCAUCGGGAAUGUGGAGAACUACUUGGCGUCGCAAAGUCCCCCCUUGACGCUAAACGGCGUGCCUCCCAAGCGACUGUCCGGGGAUGCCGGGAAUGUUUGGAGUCUCGAGGCGGAGGACGACGGCCUGGCUUGGGUCGUGACUUUUGCGAACUUGAACAUUGCUUCUGCUGGUUCGUCGGGUGGGAGUAGUAGUAAAAUGUCGCUAGCGUUCGGCCCUACCACGGCGAAUUUGUUCCGUCGUGUCGUCGUGUGGGAAAAUAACGGCCAGCUUCCCACGUACUCCGUGGCGCCCAAGACUUGGACAGCGCCGCUUUGGGUGGCGGGGAGAAAUACUGGCGCAGUCGUUCCAUCAUCCUCUUCCGGCGUUGGUACCGCAACAGUCGCGCCGCUGGGAGGUACGACAACAAGCAAUAACCAACCACAACCACCUGGAGCGACAUCUUCACCUUUUUCAAGUAGUAACAGCCGCCGUGGUAGUCCUGCGCAAGAGAGCACCACGCCUAGUCGGCCAGGGGGCUGGAACGCCGAUGGCAGCAUUGCAGGAGGAGCACCAACAACUUCUGAUGCUGUAAAUCUUCAGCAAGGUGCGUUUUCAUCUACAUCUACUUCCGCGCAAGGGGUCAGAAGCAGAAGUUCCAGUGCUGACCCGUUUGCCGCAGGAAACAGCAAAGCACGGGGUCGGGGUAAUUCCAACUCAGAUCCAUUUGCGGCAAGGAGCAGUAACGACCUCAUAGGUGGAUGGGGCGAGCCGCAGCAAACUCCAAGCCCGGAGCUGGUCGGCGGGUGGGGCCAACCGCAGCAAGCUGAUGGUGAGUAGAAAUAUUUGUGUUACAAGUGCAGUAAAUGUCUUUGCGCUUCAUUUUUGCAUUAGCUACAUUUCGUUUUCGAUGCGUUGGUGGACGUCUAUUGGGCCUAUCACGUGCGGCUUUUUGAAACUAGAGAUAGGAGGAAAGCAUCUUCAUGUUCGUUUCUGCUCGAAAAUAGAUUUUACGACUCACGCCAGGCUCCACCCGGCAAGGAGGUCCCGGAAAAUAUCUUCCGCCCGCGUGGGACGUCGAUGGUGCUCAACGAAGGCAAGCCGCCACAGAACGCCCCGAUCCCUUUGCCGCGUCCGGUAGUGGUCGAACUGUGCCGCAAGAUGACAGUGCCUCAACGCACAACCAGCAGACAACCUCGGGCACAGACACGACCUCUCCUGCGACGAAGACGCUCGCCCAGCAAAAAAUAGACUGCGAUAGCGCCUGGUUUUACACCUGGGAUGGGGCAAGUGCGCAGUGUGAGUUUCUCCUUGCGCCCUCCGUCGCGACCAUUGGCGUAUAUUUGCAACUCGCCGUGGUGGUGGUGUUGUGCGUGUACUGCUGCUCCUUCGGGAGUUACUUGAAGAAAUGGCGGCUGGUGGUGCUGCAACGCGGAGGCCGUGGGCGAAAAGACGCAGAGGACUUCGGGGAGGAUUUCAGCAUGGGACUGGAAGUCGAAGAUCAAGCGGAAAUGGAGGAAUUUUUAUAGAAAAGACAAUGCAUCAAUAGUAUUCGUAAAGCCCGUACAGAAUAUAAAUCUGAUGACUUCAUUUGAUUCUUCUUUACAGGACAAAAUGACUAGAGCACACAAGAAGUAUGUGAAACUGAAAGACAAUUGUAUGAGAGAGUAGGAACACACUUCGAAGUACAAAACGAACUGUUUAGCUCGCACUUCGUUCAUGAUAAUCACAUUGAGAACCAGCUCCCGAGUGUUUUUGAGACGAUUGAAUGCAGAUCAGAUCUAAUGAAAAGGUAGAAGGAAACUACUUACCAUGAAAUAUCAGUCAUAGUGCCAUCCAAAGUCGCUGUCGCAGCACGACGCUCAGCACAAAUUUUGCUUUUUCCCUUGGAAAUGACGCACUGGCAUCAGGUAUGCAUUUCGACUUUUCGCCUAGAAAUGAUAAAAAUGUUAUAUGGUGCAUGAGGAGGACGAUCAGAUUCAGAACAGGUAGACCUGCUCUGGCUCUGGAAGAGCU